GAUAGAUAGGAGAUCGAUGAACAGGGCGGCCGCCAUUACUGAAGUCAGUCUUAAAAUUUCAUGAUGGACCCCCGUGCCAGUGCCCAGGACGUGAUGCGAUGUGACCUGUGUGAGACCCCUGUAGUACAGAUGCACUGUGAUACAUGUCUUGUCAACCUGUGCGUAGCUUGUGUGGGAGUUCAUUUUUUUGCUGAUCUCUCAAAACCUCACAAAAUUGUUGACUUCAAGGACAGAAAAUCCACUCCCUUCUACCCUAAAUGUAAAUCUCAUGACAAAGAACGAUGUGAAAUGUACUGUAAACAAUGUGACAUUCCUGUCUGCAUCAAUUGUGUUGAUUUUAAUCAACAUUUAGGUCAUGAAUUAUCUAAAAUCUUGCGAGUUAUGGAUGAAAAGAAAGACAUGAUUAUAAAAGAAAAAAAUGAAUUAAAUGAUUCAAUUUACCCAACCUACCAGGACAUUGCCUCUGAUGUACAAAACAGAAUGAGUCAAUUAGAAAAGGAAUACGGAGAUCUCUCAAGAGCCAUAACAAAACAUGGAGAGGACUGGCACAGAGAAAUUGACGAACUUGUCAAGAAACUUAAAGCUGAAGUUGAUGUGAUGAAAAACACACAGUUACAAACUCUACAGAAACAACUAGAUGAAAUAAAUAAGACAAUGUCUGACAUCAAGGAUCAAAUCAAUUCAAUGGAAACUGCAAUAGACACCAAUGAUAUGUCUAAACUAUGGAAUGUCAUGUCAAAAGUACACGCAUACAGAAAUCUUCCACACAAAAUAAUACCAUCUUUACCUAAAUUCAUUCCAGGAAAAAUACAAGGAGAAGAAUUUAAUAAAAUGUUUGGAGACUUAUCAAGUUCUCCAACAUCAGAUGAAUAUGGAUGCAGCAUGGAGACAACACAAAAAUCACCAGAAGAUGGAUCCACACCUCCAGUCAAACAGCUGCUUGAUGAACCAGAGACUGUAACCACCAUAGACACUGGGUAUGGAAAACUUUACUAUGUGGCCUGUAUGCGUGAUGAAAAAAUCUGGACAAGUGGAAACACCAUGAAACUCUACAGCAUUAAUCAGGGAUUACUACUCAAGUCAGUUACAACCAAGUCAGGGAAGGAACCAUUUGACUUAGCAGCGACAGAAAGUGGAGAUCUAGUUUAUACUGAUUACAAUGAUAGAACUGUGAACACUGUGAAGAAUGAGAAGAUAGAGGAGGUGAUCAGACUACAGAACUGGAGACCUCGCGGUGUCUGUUGUACCUCCUCUGGUGACCUCCUGGUUACCAUGAGCAGUGAUGAUGACAAACAAUCAAAAGUUGUCCGUUACUCUGGCUCCACAGAGAAACAAACCAUUCAGUUUGAUGAUAAAUGUAAACGCCUGUAUUUAUUUGGUAAAGACAUAACUGAGAACAAGAACCUGGAUAUCUGUGUGGCUGACUAUAAAGCUAAAGCAGUAGUGGUGGUCAGUCAGGCCGGGAAACUGAGAUUCAGGUACACUGGACAUACUCCUGUUCCAAAGAAUGAACCAUUCAGUCCGCGAGGAAUCACCACAGACAGUCAGAGUCACAUCCUUACAGCUGAUAUCAUAAAUGACUGUGUCCAUAUCAUAGACCAGGAUGGACAGUUCCUCCGUUACAUACACUGUGGACAGAGUAAUCCCUGUGGACUGUGUAUAGAUACAAAUGACAAUCUGUUUGUUGCUCAAUUCAGAAACAGACAAGUCAAGAAAAUAAAGUAUCUGCAAUGAUAUCCAUCACUGCUGUAUUCUCUAUAAUUAAUGAUGUAUGUAACAUUGUUGAUGAAUCAGUAUGGUAAACUAUGGAAUCUUGCAAUAAUACACAUUUCACUCUUUUAUC